AUGGAUGGCGGCGUCGAGGUUUCCAGCAACGGGGGGACGGCCACCGGACUGGUGGAUGCGGGAGAAGUGGAGAAGGUGUUCCGCCGCUUCGACGCCAACGGAGACGGGAAGAUCUCCUCGUCCGAGCUCGCGGACGUGGUCCGCGCUCUCUCCGGAUCGAAAGCUGCCUCCGAGGCGGAGAUCCGGCGGAUGAUGGAGGAGAUGGACACGGACGGCGACGGAUACGUCGACCUAGCGGAGUUCGUCGCCUUCCACGGUGACGGCGCCGGUGGCGGCACGACAGCCGGCUCGGAGAAGGAUCUGGAGGAGGCGUUCCAGAUCUACGAUCUGAACGGGGACGGGCUGAUCUCCCCCAAGGAGCUUCAUCAGGUGCUGAAAAAGCUCGGCGAGACUUGCUCCCUCCGGGACUGCUCCCGCAUGAUCAGCUCCGUCGACGCCGACGGCGACGGCAAAGUCAACUUCCAAGAGUUCAAGAAGAUGAUGAACCACACCGGCAGCAAGAAUCGCCAUCAUUCCAAGUAG